AUGGCAGUUUCUGUCCAGUCCUCCACCCUGCAAAGGACUCAGCUGUCCUUGAUCACUCUGGCCCUGCUGGCUGGUGGGUGCCUGGCAGCGUCUGAUGCCCCCAGAGGUGUUGCCUUUCCUUUUGUGUUUGACCUCAAAGCUGUGUGUGACCCACCAUGCCAACACACCGGGAUCUGUAUCCGAAACAACACCUGCUUAUGCCUGGGAGGCUACGAGGGAGAAAGCUGCCAGUAUGCCAACUGUUACCCAAAGUGUAAAAAUGGGGGUGAAUGUCUUCGACCUGGAAAAUGCAGAUGUCCUUCAGGAUUUGGUGGAAAAUAUUGUCACACAGUGGUAUGUGAUGGUGGCUGUUGGAAUGGUGGUGACUGCACUGCUGUGAAUGGAGAAGCAAAGUGUAUCUGUCCUUCCAGCUGGACUAGCUCCAAAUGUCAAGAUGCGGUCUGCCCGCAAGGUUGUAGAAAUGGAGGCAGCUGUGUGGCCCCAGGAAUCUGCAGCUGUCCAGAGGGAUGGCUGGGAGGAGCCUGUCACAUUGCUGUGUGUAAGAAGCCGUGUCUGAAUGGAGGGAAGUGUGUGUCUCCUGACACCUGUCGCUGUCGUGCUCCCUUCUCUGGCCGCCAGUGUGAAGACAAGAAGAAAUUAUAUUAAACUGAAGACGUGCUAUUUGGUGCUAAAAAUGGUGCUAUUUUUAUAUUCUUUAUUCACUUCUUUUUUACGUUUACAUUUACCUGGUGCACUAUAUGCAAACAACGAAAUAUGCUGGGUUUAGUUGUUAAUGUAGUACAUAAACUGAAACUAUGUGUUUGAAUAGGUUUUCAGUAAUACUAAUACUUCAUUUAGAUGUUGGCCUCAUUACACUGUUUUUUUAUUAUUUUAUAUGCAAAUU